AUGAAGAUUCUGUAUAUGGGCAUUUUCCGGAACGACACCCAGCCAGCUCUUCAGCUAUGCGGGGAAAAGGACCUUAGCAGCUUUUCGCGCUUCACUCGUCAGAACUACGAUGAAUUCUUGAUGCUCUUCAACCGAACCGUCGCCGAGAAAACAAAGCCAGGCCAGCGCCAAGAUAUUGAAGAGAAGGCGUACACAUUCCACGCUUACGGUCGAACCGAGGGUGUUGCUGGUGUGAUUGUUACAGAUGGUGACUACCCUGCCCUAGUGGCCCACCAGCUGCUGGGUAAGAUCGUGGACGAGUUCCUGGCCAAGCACCCGCGUACCUCUUUCUCUGAUCCUUCUCUGCGUGAGAAUGCGUGCCCUUUGCCGGCACUCAAGGAAUAUAUCGUCAAGUACCAGGACCCAGCCCAGGCCGACAGCAUUAUGAAGAUCCAGCAGGAGCUUGACGAAACAAAGAUUGUUCUUCACAAGACGAUUGAGAGUGUUUUGGAGCGUGGUGAGAAGAUCGACUCCUUGGUGCAGAAGAGUGAUGGAUUGUCAGCUCAGAGCAAGAUGUUCUAUACCCAGGCUAAAAAGCAAAACUCUUGCUGUGUGUUGAUGUAA